AUUCCCUUUUUUACACAGUUUCACCAAAAGAAAAACAAUUGCUCAAACUUGUUGAAUUUCCUUUCCCCUUAACCCUCGCUCUCUUUUUCUCUCUCACUCUCUCAGCUAACUCCAGCCGUUUCUCUCUCUUCUUCUCCGGUACAACGGUACUGAUUUUUCAGUCUUUUCACUGCCGCCAUUAUUCUUCUCCGGCGAUUCACGCGAACAGAAGAUAAACUGCAGCAUGGCCUGUUUACAUUGAUUAUCUAAGGAACAGUGAAGCAAGUUUGAGCACUGGAAAUAAGAUGAAUGCGAAAUUUGACCCAACCACUGUUGGGACACAGCAUGUACAAACUGCUGCCGCAUCUUCACCAUCGACAUCAUCUGCCGCUGGCACGAAAAUGUCAAUGUUCAAGGGGAAGACAGGUUUUGUUAUACCCAAAAACAAAUUUUCAGGUUCGCUAGUUCCCAUGUUUAAAGUUAAAAAGUCCGAGAGCAAUGAUACUGCUGUCGAAGAAAGUAGCAGACAGCUGCAGAGGAAGACAAAGUGGGGCUCUGAUCUUACCCAGGAUGCUUUUGUGAGAAGGGGAAGAGCUUUAGCGUAUCAGACUCGAGUGGAUCAAAUCACGCAGCAGCUGAAAUCAGGAUCACUAAGAGUUGAUAGUCAAAACUCAAAUCCCGCUAGAGAUGCUCCUGAUACCGUGCUUCCAACUAUGCAGCUUGAAUUCGCGAAAUUGCAAAGUUUGGAACUCGAAAGGCGAGAAGCUAUUGGGGAAAUACUGAAGUUAAAUCCAAGUUACAAGGCCCCAUCUGACUACCAACCGGUAUUGAGGGAAGCUACAGUUCCUAUACAUGUAGAAGCACAUCCUGACUACAACUUUCUUGGCCUAGUCUAUGGUUCUGAUGGUGAAAUUCAGAAAAAAUUGGAAAAGGAAACUGGAACGAGGAUACAAAUUUGUGGAACAAAGUCAGAGACCAAGGAAAAGGUUGAAAUUACUGCGUCUGAUGGGAGUGGGCUUAUAAGCUCUUGUGAGGAGGUAUAUGUUCGAAUAUCUUCAGAUACUUAUGAGAAAGUUGAUGCCGCAGCUGCCUUGAUUGAAUUGCUACUUAGCUCGGUACCAGUAAAACCUGCUACCUCCACAGCUUCAGCCGCAGUUUCUGGAGAUAAUGCUCAAGCUCUUGGUGGGGUCCAGGACGUAGCUACUAAUGCAAUCAGUACUUCUGUGGCCAAUCCAGAACUGCAACCAGGUGCAGGACCCAUGUCAACUUCUUCACAAGGACCCUUUCCACCAUACCCAAGGUCAUGGUUGCCAGCAGGUCAAUAUAACUCAUUUACUGGACAUGCUCCUGCUCCGAGUUCUAUGGCUUUCCCCUUUAAUCCCUCGCAAACACGUCCAUUACUUGGACCUGGGCCUCCUGGUCGGUAUGGAUUCGGGACUUUUGGCUCAUCUCAGCAGAAUGCUGCAGUUCCGUCCCCAAGCUUACAUACAUCAGCACCUGUUAUCCCGGGUUCAUUUAUGCCCCCUGCAUAUCCAUUUGGGCAAAGUGGUAUGAGAAAUCUUUCUGCUAACACGUCUACAUCUUCAACACAAUCUCCGUUAGGAGGUCAUCAGCCAAAUUUAGCAGGUUCGCCCAGGGGCUCUCGUCCACAACUAGCUGAACGUCCCUUGAUGACUCCAUCAACUUCUCCUGGAUGGGCGAUGCCUUCUGCUGCUUCCCCACAGUCUCUUCCUUCAGGUAGCUUUCCGGGAUUAGGCUCAUCACAAGGAUUUAUGACAUCUCAACCAUUUUCUGUCCCACCAACUCAGUUUUCACCUCGACUAGGACCUGCUGCAGCAAUGUCAUUUCUGCCUUCACAAAUGCGGGCUUCCCCACCCAUGCCUGCUCAGGCUGUUUCACUCACGCCACAAGCUCAACUAUUCAAUCCAUCCUCAAAUAGUGCAUUAAGGUCACAAAAUCCUCGGCCUCCAUCCUCUGCACCUCAUGCACCAAGCUUUACUCCCCUAAAACACAUGGGUCAGACAGCUCCAGGGCCAACACUGCAAGGUUAUGGUGACUUCACUUUUCAGCCUCACCGACCACAUGGAGCGCCAUCACAAUCUCCCCCUGGACCAGGUUUACAUUUUGCAUCUCAAAGACCAGCACUAGUUCAAUCUCCUCCUGCACUCCAAGGGCCAUCAUUCCGUCAUGCAUUGCAAAAUGCGAUGCCGCAGCCUGUUAGACAAAACUUUACGGGUGCGCCAAUUGGCAAUCAGAUGGGACCACGUCCUGGACAAUUUGGCCCUCCAAGCCCAAAUCCUCACAUGGGCCCCAGACACCUCGGUCCAGUUCCUCCAGUUCCAAAUGCAGGUGGAUCUUUCCCACCCAGAGCAGGGCAUUCAGCUCAAUAUCCGCAAAGCUAUCCUGCACCUCCCUUGAGCCGGCCAGGAGGCAAUUUUUCUUCAAAUAUGCAUCCCAACCCUCCUGGGAGACCACAGGUCUAUGAUCCUUUUUCUCCAACUUCUAUAUCUGCUGCUCAGCCUCAGGGAAGCAACAUCGGGAUUGCAAGGAAGCAUGAUACAGAUCCUGAAUAUGAGGAUCUGAUGGCAUCUGUUGGGGUCAAAUAACCACUAUUAGUCUGUCUGCACUCAAGAGGAUCUUGUUAUACUAUAUGGCCUGUUAGAGAGUUUGAACCCCGAAACUGACACAGACAUUAUGUAGGGUGCUAGAUUUGCUCAUCUGCUCUGGACUUAUUUAUGGUUUGAGGAUUUGUUAAGGAUCCUGAUCACAUUUGCUAAUUCUAUGUUUUGAUGCUCAAAUGUCUUUGGAUGUAAUACGUGAACAAUUGUCUAAUAGGAGUUACUUUUUGGCGUUA